GCAAGGGAUGUCCAAGUAAUAAGGAUAACAAGAGAACAUAUAUAUUAUAAGAAACAAACAACACAUAAAUAGUCACAAACAAAAUGAGCUCCUCCAUGAGCUUCAACAUCCCAAAGGCUUUGCCUUCUCUUCCUCAAUCCAAAUUUCACCCACUCUCCACUCCAUUCACUAGAAAACAAUUCCAUAUCUCCAAUCCACACAACUUCUCCAAACCCGUCACCAUUAAUCUGAAGAAAAACGAUGACGGCCCCAGUUUGAUCAAACCCGUCAUCGUUAAUCUAAAGAAAAAGGAUGAUGGGUUCGGUUUGAACAAAGCGAGCUUGGCAAUACAAGUGGGAGCACUUUUGAGUACUGUUGUUAGUGAACCGGCUUUGGCAGUCACCGGAGUAAACGAUGAAGAGGAUAUUGUGUGGGUGUUGAUCCAAUUAGCCAUAUGUGCUUUCUUGUAUUUUCUAGUGGCCCCACCAUUCAUCAUGAACUGGUUGAGGAUAAGAUGGUAUAAGAGAAAUCUUUUGGAGAUGUAUGUGCAGUUUAUGUUUGUGUUCUUGUUCUUCCCAGGUGUGUUGCUUUGGGCUCCAUUUUUGAACUUCAGGAAGUUUCCAAGAGAUCCAGACAUGAAGUACCCAUGGUCUGUCCCUGAAGAUCCUUCUAAAAUUCGCAACUCUUACCUAAAAUACCCUUGGGCUACCAUUGAUGAUUAUGAAGUCUAAACAUACAUUACAUGUUUCUUGUAUUCACCAACCCAUACUUGAUUGUGUUUGGUAUGAAUUAUGGUUCAGACCCGUUGUAAUUAUAUUUAUAUUUUAUCUCUAAUAGAUCAAACGGUUCAAAGUA